AAUACAAGCAUAUUUACCUUUUUUUUGCUUUCAAUUGCAUGAAAAUGAUGUUUUAGUCUGGCGCCCAAUUUAUUUCACAAACUAAAAUCAAUAAAUAAUUAAUUGACGCAAUUGGCAAAUGUGAUUGAAUCGUAAGCGAAGUGAAUUGUUAAAAUGGAUGACCCAUUGAAACCAACGUCGGUGCCAUUGGAAGCCGAAACAAUAUUGUGGUUUGAAUUUUUGUUGAAUCCAUCGUUAUUGACAACACACCUGCAAAAGGAAAAUGCUAGUCCAACGCCGAUUGAACUUAUUUCAAAGUUCCUGUCAAUGGCUCCGGAGAGUCAAAACAAUACGACAACAGCCACAACACCCGACAUUGAAUCAGCGAUGAAUCGCAAUGAAGGCCUGAAAAUUGGUCGAAAACAAUUGGCAUUGAAAAUUCUUGGCUUAAAAGUUGCAUCUUAUCUAAAAUGGAAUUUACAAGUGCUUGAACGAAAUUUAUCGCUGCAAAAGCAAGUGCAAUUAUUGAGUGAUUUGUGUUCGAUAACAUCGGAUAAAUUGGUGAAUUUGCCAUUAUCAUUGGUGCAUGAAUGUCAUUUGGGACCAGAAGGAUCAAAAAAGGCAUUUAACUUUGCAUUGACAUUGUAUCAUCGAUGGGUUUUGCGUGCACAAGUGCUCAAGGAGAUUCCACCGCGAGUUUUUCGUCAAGGAUUCAAUCAUUUAUUGUUGAUCAAUCAGGAGCAAGCAAAUUCCUUCCGUGAUGAAAUGUUUUUGUCAUCGCUGGAACCAUUCACCCAAACCAGUAUCGAUUUUCUCAAUCAAAUUUGUCAAGAUGAUGAGCCGUUUAUACAUUUAAUUUAUGGUUCAUUUGUUGCACUUAAUCCAAAUAGUGUGUCGGAUCGAAUGGAACAAGAUUUUGAAAAUUCGAUAAUCAUUUCGAAAGCCGAACUAAGGGCACAAAUUGCAUUCGAUUUGUGCGAAUUUUAUUUGUAUGAUAAAAAGUAUGAUUUGGCAAAACAAAAAGCGAUUGAAUGCCGUGAUAAUUUGGCCGAAUUAAAAAAGGAAUAUGCAGAAAAGAAAAUUGAAUGCAACAAUGAUGAUGGUGGACAAUUUCUAUUUUGUACAUUCACCGAUGAUGAGCUAAAUGGUCGAUUGAUGGCAUGCGGAUUAUUUGAAGAUGAAAAUGUCGGUCUGUUGUAUCGCAUGAACGGUUCGAUAAUGAACAAAUACAAAGAUAUUCAAACAAUUUUCGAAUUGGAUAAUGUUAAAAUGGAAAUACCAUUGGUAAAUCGUCGCAUUUUGGAAUUUGAUAUGGAAGGCAUUAAUGCAAAUGAUUCACAAAAAAUACCCAGAGAUUCAUGCAUACAAAUUGCCGCAUUGAAUGCCAUACGAUCCAUGAUUGAUUUUGAUGAUCUCUUUUCAUUGCACGAUUUUCUUGUGAAAUAUCAAAAGCAAAAUGGUCUGAGCAUUCUGGUGGAAACGGCCAUCACAUUUCUUAAGCAAUCCAAACAAAGUGAACAUCACAAAAUUGUGAAAGAACAUUUUUACAAUACAUUUUUGACGGCCGAUGCUACCUAUGUGAAGGCCAGCGAUUUGGAGAUCAUUGAAAAAUCAAAUUUACUCAGUCGCCAAGAAUUGGACAAUAUAAAACGAUCGAAACAGAUUCACUACACGAGCUCAUCGGUGGAAAAUAUUUCAUUUUCACCAAUAUGCACAAUGCCCGACUGGAAGUUGAGUGAUGAUAAAGUAACUUUGUUGGAAUUGGGAGCAUUGAAGCGACAAUUGAUCAAUUGUGCAACGGCCAAUGCUGUGCGCGUGUUGCUUGUAAAAUGUACAAAUUUAAUAAUGACCAGUGAUCCACGGUUGUCGAUGGAACCAUGGCACAUAAAUCCGAGCUGGAUCAUGCCAAUCAGCAUAAAAUCGGUGCUAAUGUCAAUGCCACGUGGUUUUCUACAAGAUUUCUCAUACAUUUGCAUUGCAAAGGCAAAAGAUUUUGCAGCAAAACAGGAUUUCAAAGUGGCAUUGAAUUUAUUGAACGCUGCAAAAUCUGAGGUUCAACGUCACGAUGCAAAUACAAGCACAAAUCGACUGAAUAAAUUGAUUGACAAUGAAAUUUUGCUAACGCAAGCAACGCAACAAUUGCAAGACUGGCCGAAAAAGCCGGCCGAUCACGAUGCAAUCAUUGUCAAAUGUAAACAAGCAUUGAAAAGUAACAACGGUGAAAAUGUACCGCCACGAAUUGAAAUUCUACCAUCUUGUGCGGCUGUUUUAUUAAAUUCAAAUGAGGCCAAUGAAUUAUUACGAAUCGAUCGACGAUUUCCAUCGUCCGAACUAUUUUCGGCAAUUGCUGCAAUUGUCAUUGAAAUUGAACAGCACAAAGCAACUGCAUCGAAGAAAGUAUUUCGCGAUGCAUGGGACAUGAUAGCACCAAUGUUUGCAAAUGGCGGUCAUUCAUCGUCAGGCAAUAAUCGACGUGGUCGAUCAACGCCGCAGCAUAAUAUCGACGCAGUUGACGAUUCUAAUGAUACAGCAGAUGGAGCGGAUCGAAAAGAAACGGAUGAUGCAACGAAUCAAGAUGUAAAUAUGCAGUAUGAUGAACAAGGUGCAAGUGGAUCACAAGAUGAUACGACCAAUAGCAACGGCAAUGGAUCAAGAAAUAUGGAUGUGGACGAUGUUGAUGGUCACAAUAAUGAACGGGAAAAAGUCAAUCCAUUUUCGAAUCGAAAUCGUAAUAAUUUUAACAAUGAUAACAGUGGCUACGGUAUGAGGGACUCACCGGCGGUUAUUGUCAACACAAAUCUACUGCCAUUUAUUCAAAAACUACGGGAUCCAUUGCCCAUUACCAUCAUGCUGUCACUGUUUUCUCGACUGCACAACAUUCUGGAUGACAAUUCCAAUCGAGAGAUAAAUGGAGAACAUAUGAUUCUAUGGCCAACAAGCGUCACAAAUCCAAUAAACUAUAACAUAGACAUCGUAUUAGAAUUACUCAACAUCACAUUGAAACAAGCACUUCAUUGUCAUCCUCAAUAUGUUCCAUGGCUUCGAAUUGAAGGCGACCUUGAGUUUCGUAAUGAUAACUAUGAAGCUGCAAUGUCAUCGUAUGUGAAUGCAAUACUAACAGGAUCUGAAUAUUUUUCGGUGAAUUUAGAACAACAUGUAGAUGAUUACAUUAUCCGAAGAAUGAUUAAAUGUUGUUCGAAUUUGGGAUGCUUUACGCAAGCAGCUGUUCUCUGUCAGUUUCUCGAGGAAAUUGAUUAUAGUUUGGCAUUCAAAACACUAUCGGAUCGAGCCACAUUCAAAAGCAUAUCGGACAAAACAAUUGUAUUCUCAGAUGCUAUGGAUUCGUACUAUAAUUGCAUUUGGGAUGCGACAUUAUUAGAAUUUAUCGUAAAUUAUUUAGCCAAAAGAGGAGAACAUGCGAGAAAACAACUGGCGAUUGCUGCAUUGGGUCAACUAGAAUUGAAUGCUAACAAUAACGAUGAAGUAAAACGAGAAGCUGCCUCAACACGACAAAUCAAAUUUCUACGUGCAUUGGCCAAACAAUAUUUAUUGUAAAAAAUAAGUAAUAAAUAAAGAUGGCAAGGAAAGAAGCUUAAUAUAAAUUGUAUUUUUCUCUUUCCAAUCGAUUUUGAGUGCUCCGUCUAUUUGAAAGUGAGAGAAACAAACAAAUUUUCCCUUUCAAAUGUUUUAUACAUUCGACUCGAGGGUGUAGCAAUGCUUUAUUG